GAGAGUGUUAAGAUCAAAAUGGCUAACUAGUUCUAGAACUAGAUCUACUUCUAGUUAGAUGUAAUUAUUACGUUAUGUAAAUAGAAUCUACAUCUUAAUAGAUCUAGACAGUAUAAUGUUAUUUUAAAACCUAAAUCGAUCAUUAUGUACUUUUGCAGAAAAAAGAAGGAAAGAUAAAAUCAUGGAUUUUGUUGAUCUGGACAAAGUCUUAGAUGAAUUUGAAGAAGAAGAGAAGCAAGCCUUAUCUAUUGUUCCUGGACAAGAACUCAAACCUAGUGGAUACAUAGAGUUUUUAGAGAGACAUGAAGACAGUGACUGGAAUUCACUAAAUCCUAGCAAGUACCCUUCUUAUGGUGGUUACACCAUAGAAAGGAGGUCUGCAAGGGAGCCAACAAAUGUGGCAUAUGAUGAUCCCUAUGAUAGUUUUUCUCACAACAAAUUGGGCUUUAUAACAGAUUACCAGAAUGAAUCUAUGUCAUUCAAUGGUUAUGAUCGAUCAAUAGAUGUGAAAAAGUCUAAUAGUGAAAUAGUGACCAACCUGACCCGCGUUGGGUCAACUAAUAGUGAGAAUGUGAACACAGUGUACCCCUCUGCCAAGGCACCAGAUCGGCGAGGGAUAGCCAAUAGUACAGAGAGGAAAGGAACUAUUGCUUAUCAGCCCAUAGAGGUACAAACUGAUGCUCUGUCGCCAGCCAGUGAACAUGAGCUCAUGUCUUCUCCUUUUCCCAAAUCUGAUAUCAUUGUUGAUGGUCAUGGGGAUACUACUGUGUUGAAUGAAGUCAAGGUUGAAUCAGAACAAAAUCACAGUCCCAUCUAUGCAAGCAUGGAUACUAUGAACCUUGUUUCUAAUAACAACUCGCUUGCUGAUGAACAGCCAUUUAACUCUGCAGCUGUAGCUUGUGAAGAUCAAAGUACUAACACUCUCGGAGAAAUUGUCAACACUACAGCUUUGCCAGCUGGCACUGAAAUUUCUUCCACCCUAGAAACAAGUGGGGGAAGAAGUUUAGAACAGAUAAUCAGCUUUCAUGAUCCUGUUGAAGAUGAAGACUUGGAAGACUGUGAUGUAGACAUGUAUCUAAAGGAUAUGGAUACAGAUGUUUUAAAGAACAGUGAUUCUACUAAAGCAUAUUCUGGUAGUCAAACGAAUGUAAAUACCUCAGAACUAUCUCUUGAAGCCUCACAGGUUCCAGAUAUACAGAGUGAUUUAAAUCACAGUCAAGAAAGUCAGACACGCAGUCUGGCCGAAGAACUGAAUGAUGCUGAACAGACUGAGGAUCAUUAUUCCCUUUCUUAUUCCCAAAACAUGCCAAAAAGGUUCUGCGCUGAUGUAGCAGAAUCUGAUGUUGUGGCUUCCCAUCUCCAGAACCCUGAUAUUGUGGCAGAUAUUGGUUUGUAUGUACCAGAGGAGGCAACUCUUCAACAUGUAGAAACAGCGGAAGAUCAGCUUCCUAGUUCUGAUACUGUACGGCAAUCUGUGUUUAAUUCUAUUAUGAGGGGUAAAAUGGAACUAGAGCACAUUUUGGAAAACUGUGUUAAAAGUAAUUCUCUUAACUGCACAGUUGGAGAAAAUUUGCUUAGAGGGAGAUUUGAAAUAGAAAAAAUUUUGAAUAAUAUUUCUGAGAGUGUCCCCUCUAACAAAGGCAAAGUUUUCUUAGAAACUGAAAGAUUACAUUUUUCUAGUCUGAAUCAACCAGAUGUUACUCAAAACUCUGAAACUUCUGGACAUGCUCUCAGUAUGGAUGAAAAAGCUCAGGAUUCUAACUCUUUGAGUCCUGCAUCUUCCCUGACAAGCAACAGCAACGACAGUCUCAGUAUGGGACUUGGUGCCAGGCCAAAAGAUCCAUCUCUUUUAAAAAAGAGCAGACCCAACAGUUUAUUGGGACUCUCAAAGGUGACUCUGGACAGGCCGUCUGUGCCCGUCUCAGUGGAUGAACCAAGCUCUGGUGAAACUUGUCACCAGCAUCACUUGGAUGCUCAGAGCCCUUCCUACUUUCCUGAUGUGACCAUAUCACAUCAGCUUAAUGGUGAGUUUGACCAAACAAGUUAUAAAGAAAAUACUGAUGGCAACCCCAUCAUUCAUAACUUUUCCUCAUCCCCAAAUGGUUCUAGCACAGAAAAUCUGUCUGAUUCAUCUCAAGAGCAUGUAAGCAACAGUCAAAAAACAAAGAGGCCAACAUCUUUGAAUAUUAGAAAACCUGAAUUUAACAUGGAGCAGAAUUACAAUGGCAGUGAUAGGGAAGAUGAACCAUCCCCAAGUUCAGGUGAACACAAUGAAGCAAUCGCUAUUCCUGACAGCGACGAAUUGAACUCUGUCAGCGCCAGUGCACAGGCUGUAGAAGAAGAAGGAACUAUUGACAUCACAUCACACUCACAGACACUUAGCAGUAAUUUGGGACAGCAGGCCCCAUUUUGGAUACCAGAUUCUGAUGCUCCAGAAUGCAUGUUGUGUCGAGUCAAGUUCACCAUAUGGAAAAGAAGACACCAUUGUAGGGCUUGUGGAAAGGUUUUGUGUUCGACAUGCUGUAGUCAAAAGGCACUACUGCCCUACAUGGAAAACAAAGAAGCUCGUGUUUGUGUUGAGUGUCACUUGCAAUUGACCUCUGCCCCAGGCGUCAAUCCUCGUAGUCCCAAUCCCAACAACCCUAAUGAGUACUGCUCAAAAGUGCCACCCAACCAGCAGGCCAGCAACCAUGCAAGCCCCCCGGUUGUUAUGGUACCAACUGGUGUUCUUAAACCUUCAGGUAGUCACCGUCGUUCUGGUGAGCCCAAACAGGUGAUGUUUUCUGAUGGCAUUAGGCCUGGCGGGGACCUAACUGAGUUGGAUGGCCCAGAGCAGACUAGGCCAAGGCGUUCAGCUCGAGGGUCUAGAAAACAAGGACCAUCUCAACACCAAGGCUCCCCACCAGCUCGUAAAAUCAAAGAUGACAGUCUGUAUCGAAGCCCAUGUUUGUUGCCAGAGACAGGAUUGCCUCCCAUAUACAUGGUGACAGGAGAUACUGGCUAUGUUGAGCAUGAUGAAUCUAUCAAUCAAAUAGACUACACUGAUGAUUUUAAAGCUGAAGGUGGCCCAUUUAUUUACUUUGCUGUCAAUAAAAAUUUGUCUGUUGGAGUUAAAAUUGUCAAUCUGGACUGUUGUGUAAAUCGAGUUUGUUGGUUCUUUGUGACACGAGGGAUGUGCACUGCUGGUCAGAGUGAAUUAAUUGUUCUGCUGGAACUGACAGAGGAAGAGAUGAAUGGCUCUGUGUCCCCACCAAGAGACAUUUUUGUCCACUUCCACAAUGUGUAUGAGGAAGCUCUUAAAGGGUUUACUGUUCAAGACAUGGGUCACUCUAUUUGUCAUUCAAACUUCCUUGGAAGUCGUGAUCAUGGUGGCUUCUUGUACUUGCGGCCAACAUUUCAGUGCUUAAGCAAACUGUCUUUACCAGAGCCACCAUAUUUGUUUGGAAUCUUGUUACAGAAGUGGGAGGUGCCCUGGGCUAAAGUGUUCCCUAUCAGGUUGAUGCUUCGACUAGGUGCAGAGUAUAGAUAUUAUCCUUGCCCUUUGGUAGGCGUCAGAAACAGGAAGCCAGUGUUCUUUGAAAUAGGUCACACCAUUAUCAACCUUCUGGCAGAUUUUCGUAACUACCAGUACAUGUUAAGCCACAUACCAGGUGUAACUAUAAAAAUGGAGGACAAGAAAACUGUAAUCAACUUUCCCAGAAACAGAUAUAAUGAAGUAAUGAAGGUUGUGAGAAACAGUAAUGAGCAUGUGAUGGCUCUUGGCUCCUCCUUUAGUUCUGAAGCAGACUCUCAUUUAGUGUGCAUACAGAAUGAAGAUGGCAGCUAUCAAACUCAAGCUAUUAACAUUCAGAACAAGCCACGUUUAGAGACUGGUGCUAGUUUCGUUGUUUUCAAUGGAGCACUGAAAACUAGCACAGGGCUGCGUGCUAAAUCUAGCAUUGUAGAAGAUGGCCUCAUGGUGCAGGUGCUACCAGAGGCUAUAGUCAGCAUCAAGGAAGCCAUGAAAGAGAUGACCAACUACACCAUCCAGUGUGGACCACUGGAGUCCACAUCAGCAGAGGAAAUAGUUGAGCUACGAUGGACAGAAAAUGACAAAAACUUCAAUUUUGGUGUUAAAAGUUACAUUGAUGGCAUGUCACUUGAAGGUGUUGAAAGUGUCAGUGUCAAGUCACAGUCUGACUUCCUUGGAGAGACCUUGGCUAUUCGGUGGACACGGGUUUACUUUUUGCAGCACCAAGAAUCAAGUUCUAGUCACUUUGACCCUCUGGAUUUGAGCAGACUGACAGAGGAUAUAGCUCAGGCCUGUUGCACAGCAUUAGUGAAACAUUUAGAUGAGCUCAAGAAAGAAGGUCAAGUCAAAUUGGGUCUUCGAGUGAACCUGACUCGAGAUUCUGUUGGUUAUGAAAUAGGAUCAAAAGGGCGAUCUCUGCCAGCAGCCAUGAUCAACAACCUGGAUACGUUCCUUGUCCCAAUAGUUCACCAGGCGUCAGAAGAAGGCAUUGUGAUGGAGCUAGUAUUUAAUAUUGUGGACUGAAAAACUCUUCAAUAUGUCCACCAUGUGAUAUGUAUUUAAACAUUUUUUGUUAGACUUACUCCAGAAUUCAAUUUUGUGUCAUUCUAAGUCCACAGAUUUUACUUUUAACUUGGAGUAUAGAAAUAAAUAUUUCUUACCAUCUAUUUCCUAAUUUGUAUUUUGUUGAAAUGACUAAAACAUCUUGCCAAGUGAGACAUCUUUUCUGUUGUUUUUUUUUUUUGUCAAUUUUGUUCACAGCAUUUUUGUUCAUGCAUGUUUUAUUCUUCAAGAUUCUUGUUUUUAAAGACCUGUAACUCAUGUAAGAACCUCCACAUUUUUAUGUCUCUUAGUAUGAGUGUUACAGAAAUUUUGAUAUGAUUAAUAAAAAGUUGACUGGUUACUAAUAACAGUACCAAUUCUACCAACCAAGGGCUAUUGCUUGUUUUGUUAACACAUAAGUUGAUAUACUAUACAGUGUGUUCAUUAUGGUCAGUAGUUGGCUGAGACGUCACUAGGGUUGGUGGUCACCUGGGCCAUCCCCACAAAGUUUUCCAAUAAAUUUUUUGUUCUUAUUGUUGAACCAGAAGACAUGAAGGAAAUCUUGCAUUCACUCAUUGAUAUCCAUCAACUCUCUAUAGUAGGACAUUUUGUGAAUAUCAAAAUAUCUCUCUCUCAUGUCUGUCUCUUGACUUUUGUCAUAGGGGUACUGUGACAAUUGCCAUAACUAAAUCUCUCCUCUUUUCCUGGUCAGCAGCUGUUCUUAGCAGGAUAUUGAGAGGGCAGUCCAUUCUUUUAUAUUAUCCAGCCAGCUUUUCUUUGGACAACCCUUUCUUUCUGCUCCCUCCAGUGUACCUUUAAAAAUGACUUUUGAUAGUCAAAGUAUAGGAAUAUUUAAAUAGAAACAGAUUUAAUAUCAAUAAAAACCUUUUUCUAAUGAAGCACCAUACUAGUCUUCUCAAUAGCGCUUUGAGCUAACUUGAAAUACUUUUGCCUCUUAAUUUGCUUUCACUUUGUCAAUAGUUAAAUUUUUAGUACUCUUUGACUUCAGGUAGUACAUCUCCAUGUGCUCAUCGCUGACACAUUAGAAACUCCUAGUCCAGAUUUGAUCUCAUCAGCUUAUUUCCACACGAAAGAGAACAAUCUAAAGAAGACUUUUAAUAAAGUGUAAAUUAUAUCCCCAUCUCAAUUUCCUUUUUUCUAAUGACUACUCAUCUUCAAUGUGACUAAAAAAUGUCAGUUUCCUUUGUUAGAAACAAAACAAUCAAGAUUUUUUUUCUUUCCAUCGUUUUUUUUUCUGAUAAAUCUAUCCAAAUCUUUUUUUUUUUUUAAAGCUUAAGUAUUCCUUAGGUUUCUCGUCAGCACUAUUGCACAAUAUGAUUAGACUUAGCCUACAAUAGAAUAGCCCCAAAGACAGCAGUUCUUUCAGUCUUUGAUUCAAGUCAGUGUUGAUAUGCAUGGCACUGGAUUAUAGCUGAAAGUACCUUUAACACUUCACUGGUGACAUUUUGUUAGAAUUCUAAGCUACCAUCAAUUCUUAAAAAAAAAAAAGCUCUUUGAUUUCAGUGUCACCCAGUGCAAUCUGCCCCCGUUAAAGUUAAAAAGAAUUAAAAAACAUCAAGAUCAAAAAAAAAAAAUUGAAUUUAGCUUUCUGAGAAAUGAAUUUGUGUGAAAAUGUUCUGUUAUUAUGUAUAUAUAUAUAUAUAUAUAUAUAUAUAUAUAAAUAAAGCCAUCCUCCUUAAAUGUUUCUUCCCUUAAAACUUAUUUAUUAAACUCUUUAUAUUUUAUAUCAAGGUAUUAUACAGCAAAUUGUAUUUACAAUGUGUAUGUCUAAGUUAUUCUAAAACUGUAUUCUAAAACUGUUGUGUUAUCUGUACAAUAAACUUCUGCACGCUGGUUGAAGGAUUGAAACUAAUGUAUUAUUUGUUAUUAGAGCCAUGCGGUGGGUUGGCCUCAUGUUACACUGUGAUGAUUGUUUGCAACUUAAUCUGUGAGAAUAACCAAAACUCUGUAGGGCAGAUACUCUGGGAACUUCCUGUGCUUGUAUUGAGCCAUUGAAUUGUAGUUUAGAAAUCUCAGCAUUUUACUUGUCAUGAGCAUUUAUUCCUUGUAUACAACAGAGCAUGUGUAGUUGUGACAUUUGUUUUGAGCUCUAGAAAUACUCUAAGAAUCAAAACACUGAAGGUUUGGAUGUCCAGAACCAUUAUUUUGAGUGUAUUAUGAAAAGUGCUUUUUUUUUAAAUUGUUUUUUUGUUCUCCAUUAUGUGAAACUGUCACAUUUUGUUGGGAGGUUAGAUGGGGACAAGGUAUUGUUUAUGUAAUAUUGUUUAUUAUAAGCCUCAUUAUCAUAUGUUCAGUCAUAUAAAUGGUUCUCAAACUUUUCAGCAUCAUACUACAGGGUGACUUUCUAAGAACAUUUCAUAUUGGGGUGGUCUGAAAUGAGCUAACCAAAAGUGAAUUGAGUUUCAUUCUUUAUAUUGAAAAAAACAACACAUUGAACAUUUGAAACUGCGUGAGUGUUUUCACCUGGACUUGUUCUGUUAGCCAGUGCAAUCACCAUCUUUGUUGUUACCAUUCCCUGUAGAUCUCCCAGUUUGUGUUCGUCUUUGUGAACAGAAAUAAUGAACUAAGAAUACAACUUGGUGAAAUGGCUGUGGUAGUAUUUGUAGUAUGACUAUUUAAAACUAAAUCUAUUUAAAAUCUGUUUAAUGAAAAGAAAAACAUUAAAGAAAAACAUUGUUUUGAUG